GGCCCUUAAUUUGUGAAAAUGAUCGUUCUGCUCUGCGGGGUUUGUCCAUGCGCAGCUUCAUACAACAUCGGACCAUAGAAAUAGUUGACGAUCCUCUCACCUGUGAGUUUUUUCGUUCCCCUUCAAUUGCAUUUCUCCAAACUUUAUUUAUCUUUUAUUUGAUUCCCUCUAAUUCACAUUCAAUCUUGCAUCAAAUUAGAAGAAAUUGCAAAAACAAAUUGUAUCUUUCUUCUUUUUUAUUGAGUCUUUAUAGUUUUUGCCCCUUUUUAGUUCAGUCCAAAUAGUGGGGUUUUUCUUUUUCUAAAUAGUAAUCUUCUGUUGAAAAAAUGGGUUGUACUGUGAGGGAAAAGCACAUUAGAACGAGUAGAAGAUCACGAUCGAUGAAACCCACAAACACAUAUGUUGAUAAUCUUCAUCAUCAACAAAAUGUUUUUAUUGAGAGUGUUUUUAGUGAAAGAACUUCAGCAUUAGCUAAAUCUAUGCUUGAAUCUGGGUUUAAAUCAUGGGCAUAUAACAUGGGUUUUAAUGAUUCUAUGCAAGAUAAUGUUUCAAACCCUAAUAAUAAUAAUAAUAAUACUAAUACUAAUCCAAAUUCUAGUAAUACCCAGAACCCUAGUUUUGAUGAUUGUGGAUGGGGGUAUUGUACUGAGGAACAAUUAGAGGAAAUUUUGUUGAAGCAAUUGGAGUUUUUGUAUAACGAGGCGGUUUCAAAGCUUAUUGCUUUAGGGUAUGAUGAGGAGGUUGCGUUGAAAGGGGUGUUGAAGAAUGGGCAUUGCUAUGGGAGUAUGGAUGUCUUGACUAAUAUCUUGCAUAAUUCAUUGGCUUAUUUGAAUAGUGGGUGUUGUGGAAAUGAUGGGGUUCCUGAGCAGUCCGGGCUUAUUUUUACGGAUUUGACGCAUUUGGAGGAGUAUUCCCUUGCGGGUAUGGUUUGUUUGUUGCAGCAAGUUCGCCCCAAUUUGAGUCGAGGGGAUGCAAUGUGGUGCCUACUUAUGAGUGAUCUCCAUGUGGGUCGGGCGAGUACUAUUGAAAUUCCUAUGCUUUCCUCACCUAGUAAUGUGUGUGGUAGUAAUGCAGUGAGCAAUUCUGAAAGUGUUAGUACCAACCCCUCUGGCCAUGGAGUUAGUGUCACCCCUGGCUUGUGUAAAUUCCAUGGGGGCUGGGGUUUUGGAAAUGGACCUGAUUCAGAGCUUCCUAUCAAUGGGUUUGGUGGACCUUUCUCGUAUUCAGAAGCGAGCAUCCAGAGAGAUAUCGAUUGUGCUAAGAGGUUUAAUCUCAAUCCUUCGAUGAAGUCCUUGUUGAAGAGGAAUGUUGCAGCCUUUGCUGCUGGGUUCCGCUCUAAACAGAAGCUACAGACUCAACCUCAACCUUGUACCAGCCCUGCAGUUAGUGGGGAUUCAUCAAAAGAAACUGUACCAGCUGUUGAUGUGCCAAGUGAGCCGUAUGUGGAAUCUAAUGAUAACAACCAAGACAUUGUGAACUCUUGGUUGAGUAAAUUUCGAGAUUUGAAUCUUGAUGAGAAAUUAGAGAGUGUUACGGAGGAUCAGAAAGAUGAGAUUACUUUAACUUUGUUGCAUCAUGUGAAGGAUCUAGAGAAGCAGGUAAAUGAGCGUAAAGAAUGGGCUCACCAGAAGGCAAUGCAAGCUGCCAGAAAGCUUAGCAGUGAUUUGACAGAACUUAAGAUAUUAAGAACCGAGAGGGAGGAGACUCAGAGGGUGAAAAAGGGUAAGCAGACCCUGGAAGAUUCAACCAUGAAGAGGUUAUCUGAAAUGGAGAAUGCACUAAGGAAGGCUAGCGGUGAGGUUGACCGUGCAAAUGCAGCUGUUCGACAGCUUGAGGUUGAGAAUGCUGAAAUUAGAGCUGAAAUGGAGGCUUCUAAGUUGAGUGCAUCAGAGUCAGUCACGACUUGUUUGGAGGUUGCAAAGCGAGAGAAGAAGUGUUUGAAAAGACUCCUGGCGUGGGAGAAACAAAAAAUGAAGAUUCAGGAGGAAAUUGCUGCUGAAAAACAGAAGAUUGCUGACUUGCAACAGCAGUUUCUGCAGAUUCUUGCAUCUCAAAAGGAAGCUGAGGCAAAGUGGAAGAGGGAAGUGAAGGAAAAGGAUGUUGCGGUGACUCAGGUGGAGGAAGAAAGGCGUUCAAAGGAAGCAACAGAGGUAAACAACAAGAGAAAGCUUGAAGCCUUGCGCUUAAGGAUAGAUAUAGACUUCCAGCGUCACAAGGAUGAUCUCCAGAGGCUUGAGCAAGAACUGUCACGCCUUAAAACAAGUGCAAAUCUGAUUGAGCCACAUCAUGAUUCAUCUGAUGCUUUUGCUACAAAAUAUCAAGGGGAAACUAUUGCAAGACUUCUCCGGGAAUUGGAUGAACCCGACAACAAAGGGUCAGAGUCAGAGUCAGACUCAGAGAGAGAGUGCUUGGUUUGUGUGAAAGAGGAAGUCUCUGUUGUUUUCCUUCCUUGUGCGCAUCAAGUAAUGUGUGCUAACUGUGCCGAAGAUUAUGGAAACAAGGGUAAAGAGACUUGCCCCUGUUGCCGGUGUCCCAUUGAACAAAGGAUACGUGUGUUUGGUGCCAACUCAUAGACACAUUCUCACAGUUUGUGGCGAAGAACUUGUACAGGUGAUUCCAAUCUGCAGGAAAACUUGUAUAUAUAUAGGAGGGGGGAUGGAACAAAAACUGUUUAUGUGCUUCUGUUUUCAAAAUAUUGAAGCAUGAAAUGCUAUGAAAUAAGUCACUGGGAAGAUGUUUCGACAUGGCUUAACAGUUGUCUAACUAUACUUAAACUUGAUAUACAUGGUAUAUAUUACAGAACCCUCUUAAGAAGGGAAAGUUUAUGUUAA